AUGAUAUCUUUACCCAUUUCCAGCACAGACGAUUUUCACGCUCAGAAACACAACUGGCAGCAACCUUCCCACCUUCAUAACUCACACCAGUAUCGAGACGAGGAAGAGUUGCUCAACGAUAUCCCAGCUCUCGAUUCCGAUUUAGAAAGGCAACUGGUAUUUCAGGGAAACGAGGAUUCUCUUCAACCCUUCCACGACUGUCUGACGCAUCCCAUGCAGUCAGAUAGUUGGGGCGGCCUCGCCCAGCUGACUCCCAAGAUCGGACGCUUUUCUCACCAAAGAGAGUCGUCUUUAUCAUCACUUGGGUCGACUGGCCCUGCGUCACCGUACACCCAGAAUACAUCGAAUCCUCAAAUCGCCUUUACGGACUCGACUUUUGAGGGACUUGCUGAAAUGAACUCUCAAGACCUUACAAACAACCAGCCCAGCUCCUACUACCACCUCGCCAAAUCGAUGGGACCUACCCCUUACCCAACAUACCACGGUAUGGAUGGUACAAUAGCUGAAAUGGCAUAUCCAGUUACGGUAUCAGGACCAGGAAAGAGACCGCGCAUGGAUAAGGGACUUUUAUCCGCUCCAGAGCUGGCUGGGGCAUACAACAGAUCUCAUCCAGCGUCCGUAGCUAGUUCUGUUGCAGGAGAUUCUCCCGCAACUCCGGCUAUAGGUGAAUUGGACCAGAAAUCAUCCCGCAGAAAGAAUGGUAAGACUCCAAUGACCCCAGAUCUGUCAUAUCCGGCGGCUUCUGACUUGGCCUCGAACUUUCUAGACUACGGUCACAUUCCCAAGCUCGACCGAACCAUGACAGAUGUGUACGGAGAUGAACUCUACAACCCCAACUUCACAAUCACGGCCACCUCUUCCCCUCAGCCACACUCUGUCACCUCAGUUGGCAGCGACGUAUUCAGUCAGCGUAUCAAUGCCGCGAACCACCAGCACUUGAGUGCUGCCCACUCGCCAGCAUCUACAACUUCCCGCGCCCGAUCGCCGUUUCGAACAGGAUCGCCAUUCGCGACUUCGUCUAGCCAUCAAUUUAACUGUUCUCAGCCUCCUUCUAGAGAAUAUGAUCAACAAAUUCAGCAACCGCUUGCUCACUUGGAGAAUGCCGGUGAACCUGAGACGCCGAAGACCAUUUCUCCAAAGGACGCUGUCUUGGAAUUUAAUGAAUCAGAAGCAGAUGGCUUGUUCCCCCUCUUUCCUCAAAAUUCUUCUGGCUUUGAAAUUGAUACAUUGUCAAAGACAGCGCCUUCUUCAGACCACAAUGAAUCAUACAUUGGGCAGAAUAUGGGAAGUCUACAUCAGAAUGAUCAAUUUGGGUAUCUACCUUCACAGGUGCCUACGGGAAUCCAGGUACCUCAGCAAUAUCCAUUUAUAGCUCGUCCUGCAACCAGUCACGACACUCCACCUAGGCUGAGUUCAUCUGGGGCCAGCUCCGUUGUGUCCGGAGGUAAUACGCCUGCUCCUCGCACUAGGCCGACAAGCAGAGGAGCCGAAGGCGGAACGUAUACCUGCACCUAUCACGGAUGUACGCUGAGGUUCGAGACGCCAACAUUACUUCAGAAGCAUAAACGGGAAGGCCAUCGGCAGACUCAGGGCUUAGGGGCGCCCCGAGUUCAGGACAUGGGUAUGGCUUCCGGCUUGCUUAAUACACAAGCAGGACCUCACAGAUGCGACCGAAUCAACCCUAGCACGGGGAAGCCAUGCAACACCGUGUUCUCCAGGCCCUAUGAUCUCACCAGACACGAAGACACUAUUCAUAAUGCGCGCAAGCAGAAGGUGCGCUGCAAUCUGUGCACUGAAGAAAAGACUUUCAGCAGGGCGGAUGCAUUAACAAGGCAUUAUCGCGUGUGUCAUCCCGACAUGGAAUUGCCUGGAAAGAGUCGCCGUCGUGGGUGA